CCAUUCUUGUUCCGGUAAUUCUUCUACCUUCUGUUCAAAGCUCCCACUUAUUUUUCUUUUCUCUAAAAUCUCUCUGUUUCACUUAUAAUGUGUCCAAUAACUUUAUCUUCUCCUCACAUACUAUUAUCUUUGCUCUUCAACUUUCUGCCAUGGGAAGAUUCAAAUUUCCCACCAUUUUUAGUAGAAAUAUACUUCAGCUUCCCUAUUCAAAACCCAUUAAAGAAAAUCUCGUCCACAACCCAGAAACCCAGAGAGAUGGAUUUCCUAAUUCGAUCAUUGCCUUCUUUUGGAGGCUAUUUUGCCGAAAUAAAAUUGAUGGCGGGUCAAGGACGGAGGAAGAAGAAAAAGUUUACUCUUGGUUGUAUGCACUGGCUCAGUCUGAAAAGGAUUUAGUUUUUGAGUAUGUUCAAUCCACUGAAAGGGGAUUGAGUUUCACUGAAGCUCAAAGGAGAUUGAAAGAAACUGGCCCAAAUGUUCCCAUUGACUUUUCAUUUCCAAGCUGGUGGCAUCUUCUAUGGGUUGCUUUCUUUCACCCUUUUAAUAUCAUUUUGAUUGUCUUGUCUGCACUCUCAUACAUAGCCAGUGAUGGCCCAAAUGGAUGCAUUAUGCUGGUUUUGGUAUUCAUUAGUGUUACUCUCAGAUUUUAUCAGGAAUAUAGCAGCUCAAAAGCAGCCAUGAAACUUUCAGAAUUUGUAAGGUGUCCAAUCAAAGUUCAAAGAUGUGCUGGCCGUGUUGUCCAAACAGAAUUAGUAGUACAAGUUGAUCAAAGAGAUGUUGUUCCUGGUGAUAUUGUCAUAUUUGAGCCUGGAAAUCUUUUUCCUGGAGAUGUAAGAUUGUUAUCUUCAAAAUAUCUCGUUGUAAGUCAGGCCUCAUUAACUGGGGAGUCUUAUACAACUGAGAAGACAGCUGAUAUCAAGGAAGAUAUUACCACUCCUUUGUUGGAUUUAAAGAACAUUUGCUUCAUGGGAACAAAUGUAAUAUCAGGUAGCGGCACAGGUCUGGUAGUUUCAACUGGAUCCAAGACAUACAUGAGUACCAUGUAUUCAACCAUGGGGAAGCAAAGACUACCUGAUGACUUUGAGAAAGGGAUAUGCUGCAUAUCUUACGUUGUGGUUACUGUUAUUCUUGGGGUAGUCAUAAUCAUUAUUGUAACUGCUGACCUUUCGUGUCACAUCCUGAGUGGUAGUUUUCUAUUUGGAAUCUCAGUUGCAAGUGCCCUCACUCCUCAAAUGCUUCCUCUCAUUGUGAACACAUGUCUAGCCAAAGGAGCUCUUGCUAUGGCCAAAGAUAGAUGUAUAGUCAAGAGCGCAACUGCCAUACGAGACAUGGGAUCUAUGGAUAUCAUAUGCAUUGACAAGACAGGGACACUAACCAUGAACAUAGCAAUUAUGGUUAAUCAUAUUGACUGCUGGGGUAUGCCCAGAGAAAAGGUUUUAUGUUAUGCCUUUCUAAACUCAUAUUUUAAAACGGAUCAGAAAUAUCCCCUGGAUGACGCCAUUUUGGCAUAUGUAUUCACAAAUGGAUACAGGUUUCAGCCCUCCAAGUGGAGAAAGAUAGAUGAGAUUCCUUUUGAUUUCAUAAGAAGACGAGUAUCUAUUAUCCUAGAAAUGGAGGUCUCAGAAAACAUAAACCAGCAUUUCCAUGAAAAGUUCAUGGUAACAAAAGGAGCACUGGAAGAAGUAUUGAGAGUUUGUUCUUUUGUGGAGCAUGUUGAUAGGGGUGAAAUCACUAUUUUCACUCCAGAAGACUAUCAAAGAAUUUUAGGUAUGAGUGAAGAAAUAAGCAAUGAAGGUUUAAGAGUUAUUGGGGUAGCUACAAAGAGACUGAAAACGAAGUCAACAACUGAGAGCAGCAACAAUUUUGACACCUUAGAAUCUGAUAUGGUAUUCCUGGGCCUUAUAACAUUUUUUGACCCUUCUAAAGACUCGGCAAAGCAGGCCCUAUGGCGGUUAGCUGAGAAGGGAGUAAAAGCAAAGGUACUGACCGGUGAUUCACUCUCUUUGGCUAGAAAGGUUUGCAAGGAAGUUGGCAUCGAAACCACGCAUGUGGUUACUGGACCUGAACUUGAGCAGCUCCAGCAGGAAACCUUUCAUGAGACUGUCAAAAAAGCCACAGUUCUUGCUAGGCUUACUCCAACACAAAAACUUCGAGUUGUUCAGUCAUUGCAGACAGUUGGUGGCCAUAUCGUUGGAUUUCUAGGAGAUGGAAUAAAUGAUUCACUAGCUUUGGAUGCUGCCAAUGUAGGUAUAUCAGUUGAUUCUGGAGCAUCUGUAGCCAAGGACUUUUCUGACAUUAUAUUGCUUGAGAAAGAUCUCAAUGUCCUCGUUGCUGGAGUUGAGCAUGGGCGACUUACUUUCGGGAACACCAUGAAGUACAUUAAGAUGUCUGUCACUGCCAAUAUAGGAAAUGUCAUCUCACUCCUGAUAGCAAAUUUGGUCCUCAAGAAUGAGCCAUUGACUCCUAGGCAGCUCCUAACACAAAACUUCUUGUAUAGUGUUGGCCAAAUUGCAAUCCCAUGGGACAAAAUGGAAGAUGAUUAUGUCAAAAUCCCACAAAAAUGGUCUGAAAAAGGUUUACCUAUGUUCAUCUUAUGGAAUGCACCUGUGUGUACUCUUUGUGAUGUAGCCACCCUUCUUUUCAUUUGGUUUUACUACAAGGCCCGUACCCUAGAAGACCUUAAAUUCUUCCACACAGCUUGGUUCGUUGAAGGGCUCCUGAUGCAAACUCUAAUCAUCCACUUGUUCCGAACAGAGAAGGUCCCAUUCAUUCAGGAGUUCGCCUCAUGGCCAAUAAUUUGCUCCACAGUGGUGAUUUCUGCCAUUGGAAUCUCAAUCCCAUUUACUCCAAUUGGUGCAAUUAUGGGGUUUGUUUCCUUGCCCUUGUCAUACUUCAGAUUUUUGGUGGUACUUUUUGUGGGAUACUUCUUUGUUGGUCAGGUGGUCAAGAAGAUUUAUAUUUUGGUCUAUAAAAGAUGGCUUUAGAUUUAGAGUGAUCUUAAUGAAGGAUGCUAUUCCCAAUAAUAUUUUUUUGAAAGCAAUGAACAAAUUCAUUAGAAAUAUAAUAAUAUGAGUAUUAUACAUCUCCAAUUUAUCAAAUAAA